AUGGCAUCUGUUGACAACGUGGACGACGAGAUGAUGUCCUAUUCCUUACUCCCCUUCUUCAUUCUCGGCGUCGUCAGGAUUGCUCUCGCAUGCUUCGGCAUCAUCGCCAACAUCGUAUCAAUCCGGGUUCUCACUCACAAGUCAAUCUGGUCCGCUACAUCAAUCCUCCUCAUCUCCCUCGUCGUGUACGACACCCUCUUCCUCCUCACCGGCGCUGUCGUCAUCAUUGCCGGCCUCCCGGAGUACGAGGAGGACCAUCUGUUCAUCACGGUCACCCUGUUCUACCCAUUCCGCUACAUCUCACAGAUGGGAUCCGUCUACUCCAUCGUUGCCGUCACCGUUGAGCGGUUCAUCGUUGUCGUGACGCCGCUAAGGGCGAGGUCCAUCUGGACGAUGAACAACGCCAGGAGGGUAGCAAUCGGCGUCUUUAUCUUCUCGCUUGGGUUCAACAUCCCCCGAUGUCUGGUCUUCCACCAACUGUCGUCAACAGACUGGGUGGAAAACGGCACCCUGACCCAGUCCGACACAUCCCAGGACUACCUGUACUCCCGAGUGUACGAGGUGUACCUGACGAUGGUGGUGUUCUACAUCCUCCCCUACACCAUCAUCAUCGUCAUCAACAUCAAACUCAUCGUCCACCUCCGUAUCAGCGCCAGGGUCACCAGAGCCAUCAGUUCCCGUCACGACGCUCGUCCGUCCGUCUCUCCAACCGACAAGGAAGAUGGACUGACCAUCAUCGUCCUCGGCAUCACUACCUGCUUCUUUGUGUGUUGCGUCAUCCCUCUCACAUACCAUAUUCUGUUACUAGCCGACCUGGACAUGUUUUCCACCCCUCACAAGGUGUACCUGUUUGCCGUCAGCGACACGAUGCUGUGUCUUAAUUCAGCUACAGACUUUAUUUUCUAUUGUCUGCUGGGACGUAGGUUCAGGAGAGUCUUCUUCAAGCUCUUCUGUCCAUGUAUGUGUGGGAAGAGAAGAAUCAAUGUUAAUCAGAACUGACUUGCUAUUUCGCCGGGGAAAGGAAUUCCCCGAAUUGAACUGAAACAUACAGGACUGGAUACAGUGCUGUAGUUGUAGUGCAACAUGGAUGGAUGCUGUUUGAAGAGAGUUGAUGUGGACAUCACAUGGGCUGUGAGGUGUACGUUAAAGAACAAAAGACGUUAAAGAACAUCUGAUGUGUGAUAUAGACUAUCAUCAUAUAACAACAUAAUCUUAUUUAAAUCUGUAUGUACAUCGAGUCAGUAUAGUGUGUUCGGGUGGAAGGUGUCACUAUUUAUUUGUCAAUACAAACUAAUAUCUAGAACCUAUGAGGGGCCAUUUGAAAGAGAACUACUUUAUAGUGAAAUGAAAGCUAUAAAUACACGAUGGCAUUUACAAAGUGGUCGAAUGUAACAAGUGUCAUAUAUGGGAUUACACUUUCUCAGUAAAGUACUUUUGUUGGGUUGGGUACCAUCCGGGAUUCGAACCCACACUCUCAGAGUCAGGCAGCUAUGAAUACUCGAUACCAUUUAGAUUUUGUGUGUUGGCAUUAGGCAAAAGGCUAAUAGGUGCCUACUAAAAGUACUUAAAUCUGUACAUUAUUGAGAAAGUGUAACCCUAAGUAUAACACGUGGCAAACUAACACUUGUCUGAAGUUGCCCAAGCCCUGUACUGGCUAAAUUGACUUAAUAAGUCCCAAUGUAAAGAACACGUAGAAACGCGUAGACAACACUAUAGAGAGUCAAAGGUAGUGUCCAUGAGCUGAUAUGGGUGACGCGCCGUGACUCCCGCUUAGAAGGCAAUGCAGUUUUCAAAGUUAUAGUCUUCCUGUGCCUCUAACUAAUUAAUAGAUAUAUUGUACCUGAUAGAGAGCAGUUAUUUGGAUGUAUUUUGUGAAAUUUUAAGAAAUAACUAAUUUCUCCAAAACACCUUUCCCUUUGGGGGAUCACGGCGGGAUAGAUAUCCCUUCAAAAUAUACUGCGGUGUGUCUGUGUUAGGGUCACCAUAUCAGCCCAUGGACUAUUGUGUUUAGUCAAACGCACAUUCAUGUAAUGUCGUGAAGUAAAGACAAUAAUAUGAA